AUGGUUUUGCACACUUCCCCCUUUCCCAGUAGCUUCCUCUCAUUCCUCCACUCCCUGUCCUGGGCAUUGAUUUUCCCUUGUUUCUGGCUCGGAGAUCGCCUCCUUGCCUCCUUCUUGCCUACCACCUAUGAAAAACGUCAGAGAUCUGAUGACCCUUGUUACUUCCAGGCACUUUGCAUUAUCAUCACUACUCCAAUUUACUUGGCCUUGCUAGUAUCCUCUCUUCCUUUUGCGCUUAUUGGCUUCCUGGUAUGGUCACCUCUUCAAGCUGUCCGUAGACCUUACAUCUAUUCCCGCCUGCAGGAUAAGGCCAGGGCUAGUGGAGCCAACUUGUUGACUGAAUGGAGAGGCACAUCAAGUGCUAAGAGUUUCUGCUUUGGAUCUGCCAAUGUUUGCUUGUUGCCUGAUUCACUUGCAAGGUUUACAAACCUCUUUAACACUCAGGCACGGGCUAAAGAGAUUGGAAGAAGAAUACGAAAUGGGGCCAGUAGACCUCAAAUCAAGAUUUACAUAGAUUCUCCAACCAACACCUCAAUCAGUGCUGCAAGUUUCAGUAGUCUUGUGUCUCCACAAGGGGCAGAUGUUACCCACCGAGCAGUCAACAUGGGCAUGAAGAGAACAACAUCCAUGGAAUACAAAGGAGACAAUUCUGGGGAAAACAGCAGUGAAGAGGGUCGGGAUGGGAAGAAUGGAGGGGACAUGGGGGAUGGGGAAGACAGUCCGUGUAUUAUCCGCAUCAGUGGGGAUGACAGUGGUCACAUAUCGGACUCUGAUCCUGAUGCCAUGGCUGGGCACGUGAAUGUGGCAUGCUUGGCCGACACAGAGCCAGACUUCCAGAAAAGCCCAACCCCUAACCACAAGCACAGGGAGGGGGAUGGUGGAAGCCUGGACAGCUGUACCACUUCUCGUGAGUCGUUAGUCAAGGGCAGGGUAGCAGAUGGAACUACUGACCAAAGUGGUAUUAACAACAAACUUCUGUACAGGACAUCCAUUAUUAAGAAAGCUGCUGCACGCAAAAAAAAGCAUACAGACGAUAUCUUAGAUCAUGAAAUAUCUGCCUUCUUCCCAGCCAACCUGGACUUCCUGUGCCUGCAGGAAGUAUUCGACAAACGAGCUGCAGAGAAAUUGAAAGAACAACUACACUACUAUUUUGAAUACAUUCUGUAUGAUGUUGGGGUAUAUAGCUGCCAUGGCUGCUGUGGCUUUAAGUUCCUAAACAGUGGGCUCAUGAUCGCCAGCCGAUACCCCAUACUGGACGCUACCUAUCACUGUUAUCCCAAUGGGAGAGGAAUAGAUGCGCUGGCCGCCAAGGGAGCUUUGUUUGUCAAGGUGCAGGUGGGGACCACUCCUCAGGACCAAAGAAUUGUGGGAUAUGUCUCCUGCACUCACCUGCAUGCUUUGUCAGGGGAUGCAACAAUCCGAUGUGAGCAGCUAGACUUUCUCCAGGAGUGGGCGUCUGAAUUCCGCAAAUCUACCUCCUCCUCCAGUGCCGCAAAUCCGGAGGAGCUGGUGGCCUUUGAUGUUAUUUGUGGGGACCUCAACUUUGACAAUUGCUCAUCAGAAGAUAAGCUGGAGCAGCAGCACAGCCUGUUUACACAUUAUAAGGAUCCAUGCAGACUCAGUCCUGGAGAAGAGAAGCCAUGGGCAAUAGGAACACUCCUGGACCCAGAAGGUCUGUACGAUGAGGAGGUGUGCACCCCGGACAAUCUGCAAAAGGUCCUGGAAAAUGAGGAGGGUCGAAAGGAAUAUCUGGUAUAUCCCACCAGCAAGAACCAUUGCCCCAACCAGAAGGGAAGGAAGGUUCCAUUGAAGGGUAGUGGACGAAGGAUUGACUAUAUGUUGUAUUCUGAAGAGGGACUCAAUAUGGAGUGGAAAAUGGAGGUUGAAGAGUACAGUUUUAUCACACAACUAGCUGGACUUACAGACCACGUGCCAGUAGCAAUGCGACUGACCGUUUCUACAGGGGAAGAGGAGUCAUAA